UGUCAUUUUUUUAUGCAUAGUUGUGAAACACUUAAUCUCUAACUUAUUUGGUCUUUGAUUUUGUUGUUAGGGUCUUAUCUCAUAUUUACACGCACUUCACAAGCCUGUUACUCAUAAAUCAAUAUCCGACACAGAUCACACUCGCAAGCCCGCUGGAAAAUAGAGGAAAUGGCCGGCAACGGGCGUCAGAACAAUUCUCCGGUAUCUCCCAAUGACGGCAAUCCGGCAUCUACUCCGGAUUCACCCACGUCGUUGGGAUUUAACACCGACCAGCUGCCAUUCAACACCAGCCAAGCUUCGGAUGCUUACUCCGACGAAGACGAGGCUGCCGUCGAUCCGGAAAUAAUCAGAGACGACCCAGAUGUCGAUGUAGAAGAGGAAGAUGGGGAGGACCUCUUCAACGAGAACUUCCUCGAUGAUUAUCGGAGGAUGGAUGAGCAGGACCAAUAUGAAUCGCUUGGUCUGGAUGAUUCAGUUCAGGAUGAGAGGGGGUUUGAUCAGAUUAUGGCAGAUCGUCGCGCAGCUGAGAAUGAGCUUGAUACCCGAGAUGCUCAAGUCACACACCGCAAGUUGCCUCAGCUUCUCCAAGAUCAAGAUACGGAUGAUGACAAUUAUCGACCAACAAAAAGGUCCCGAGCUGAUUUUAGGCCCCCAACCACGCCAAAUAGUGUUGAUGAUAGUGAUGCAAUGCAGAGCUCACCGGGGGGUGAUGGGUCUAGAUGGAGAGGGGGAGGGAGCAACUCAGGAGAUGUGCCUAUGACUGACCAGACUGAUGAUGAACAAUAUGAGGAUGAGGACAACGAAGAAGGGCUUGACAUGUACCGGAUUCAGGGAACUCUGCGAGAGUGGGUCACUCGGGAUGAAGUUCGGAGGUUUGUUGCUAAACGGUUCAAAGAGUUCUUGCGUACAUAUGUAAAUUCGAAGACUAAUCAGGAAGAUUAUUUGAGACAAAUAAAUGAGAUGGUUGCAGUUAACAAAUGCAGCCUUGAGAUCGAUUAUAAACAAUUUAUAUAUUGUCACCCAAAUAUUGCAAUCUGGCUGGCAGAUGCACCCCAGUCUAUCCUUGAAGUAAUGGAGGAAGUUGCAAACAAGGUUGUCUUUGAUUUGCAUCCGAAUUAUAAGAAAAUUCACCAAAGGAUCUAUGUUCGCAUAACCAACUUACCAGUUUAUGAUCAGAUUCGUAAUAUCCGGCAGAUCCAUUUGAAUACCAUGAUUCGUAUUGGGGGAGUUGUCACCCGGCGGUCUGGUGUUUUCCCUCAGCUGCAGCAAGUAAAGUUUGAUUGCAACAAGUGUUGCUCAAUUUUAGGCCCCUUUUUCCAGAACUCAUAUUCGGAAGUUAAAGUCGGUUCUUGUCCUGAGUGCCAGUCUAAAGGUCCAUUCACUGUCAAUAUUGAGCAGACAAUUUACAGGAACUAUCAGAAAUUGACACUUCAAGAGAGCCCUGGAAUUGUUCCUGCUGGUCGCCUUCCAAGAUAUAAGGAAGUGAUACUGCUGAAUGAUCUUAUUGAUUGCGCUCGUCCUGGAGAAGAGAUUGAAGUCACGGGCAUAUAUACAAAUAAUUUUGAUUUGUCUUUGAACACCAAGAACGGAUUUCCCGUGUUUGCCACUGUAGUUGAAGCAAAUUAUGUCACAAAGAAGCACGAUCUCUUUUCAGCUUACAAAUUAACUCAAGAGGACAAAGAAGAAAUUCUGAUGUUGGCAAAAGACCCAAGAAUUGGAGAGCGAAUCUUUAAAUCAAUUGCCCCAUCAAUUUACGGCCAUGAGGACAUAAAGACUGCCAUAGCUCUUGCAAUGUUUGGGGGCCAAGAGAAAAAUGUUAAUGGGAAGCACCGGCUGCGGGGAGACAUAAAUGUACUUCUCUUAGGUGAUCCUGGGACAGCAAAGUCACAAUUUCUCAAAUAUGUUGAGAAAACAGGGCAGCGAGCAGUUUAUACCACUGGAAAAGGGGCAUCUGCAGUUGGGCUUACAGCAGCAGUGCACAAGGACCCAGUCACUCGUGAGUGGACUCUUGAAGGUGGGGCACUAGUUCUAGCUGAUAGAGGGAUAUGUCUGAUAGACGAGUUUGACAAAAUGAAUGAUCAAGACAGGGUAAGUAUUCAUGAAGCUAUGGAGCAGCAGAGCAUAAGUAUAUCAAAAGCAGGGAUUGUCACUUCUCUCCAAGCACGCUGCUCCGUCAUUGCUGCUGCAAAUCCCAUUGGAGGAAGAUAUGAUUCCUCAAAGAAUUUCUCACAGAAUGUAGAACUGACAGAUCCAAUUAUUUCUCGUUUUGAUAUUCUUUGUGUUGUCAAGGAUGUAGUUGAUCCAGUCACUGAUGAAAUGCUUGCAAGGUUUGUUGUUGACAGUCAUUUCAAGUCAACACCUAAAGGUGCCAAUUUAGAUGACAGAUCCAAUGAUGCAUAUUCCCAGGAUGACCUUGAAUCUAAUUUGUUGCCACCUGACCCUGAGAUAAUUCCUCAGGAGUUGCUAAAGAAGUACCUAACCUAUGCCAAGCUAAAUGUUUUCCCAAAGUUGCAUGAUGCUGAUUUAGACAAGCUCACACAAGUGUACGCCGAACUAAGAAGAGAAUCUUCACAUGGACAAGGAGUUCCUAUAGCAGUGAGACAUAUAGAGUCUAUGAUUCGAAUGUCUGAAGCCCAUGCUAGGAUGCACCUUAGACAUCACGUCACUCAAGAAGACGUGGACAUGGCUAUUCGAGUCCUUCUGGAGUCAUUUAUAUCAACACAGAAAUUCGGGGUUCAGAAAGCUUUGCAAAAGAGUUUCAAAAAGUACAUGGCAUUUAAAAGGGAUUUCAAUGCAAUUCUCAUGCAUCUAUUGCGUGGGCUGGUGAAGGAUGCAAUCCACCUGGAAGAAAUCAUGUCUGGUUCUGCUGCAAAUUUGAGUCAUGUUGAUGUGAAAGUGGAAGAACUCCAAAACAAGGCACUUGACUAUAGCAUCUCGGAUCUAAGAGAAUUCUUUAAUAGCAACGAAUUCUCAAUGGCUAACUUUGUGCUGGAUGAGGCGCGGGGCAUAAUAAGGCACCGCCUUUCCAGUUGAUAGUUGUACUGCUGUGGUGUAAGUGGAUAUGUGUUUAUAUAGCUGUGACUUAGUUUUAAUUUGGUUUUGACCUUUUAUGGGUGGAAUGAAUUUAUUAACCAGUU